UUUUUCUCUUUCAAAUUUCUCCGAUGCUCUAAAUCUUAGAUUCUCAUCUCAUUGAACUGAGUUUGAGUGACUAAGAUUUAGAGAUUUUUGUUUAAAUUUUAAAGUUUUGAUUUUUUUAAUAUUGGAGAAAAUGGAUGUUCCAAGUCUUGUUGUGAUUCUUCAAGCUGCACUUAGCCCCAAUCCCGCUGAACGAAAAGCUGCUGAAGAAAGCCUCAAUAAGUUUCAGCAUACGCCUCAGCAUCUGGUGAGACUGUUACAGAUCGUCGUUGAUAAUAAUUGUCCUUUGGCGGUUCGUCAAGUUGCUUCUAUUCAGUUCAAAAACUUCAUUGCCAAGAAUUGGGCUCCUCUUGAUCAUAAUGAGCCACAGAAAAUUCUGCUAAGUGAUAAAGAUGUGGUUCGUGAUCAUAUUCUUGUAUUUGUAGCUCAAGUUCCUCCUUUGUUGAGGGUGCAAUUGGGUGAGUGUCUCAAGACUAUUAUCCAUGCCGAUUAUCCGGAGCAGUGGCCACUACUUCUGGAUUGGGUGAAGCAUAACUUGCAGGAUCAGCAGGUUUAUGGGGCCUUGUUUGUGUUGCAGAUACUUGCUAGAAAAUAUGAGUUUAAGUUGGACGAGGAGAGAACUCCAGUUCACCGCAUCGUUGAGGAGACAUUUCCUCAGCUUCUAAUUAUAUUCAACAGACUUGUCCAGAUUGAAAAACCAGCAGUAGAAGUAGCGGAUCUAAUAAAGCUUAUUUGUAAAAUUUUCUGGUCAUCUAUAUAUUUGGAGAUCCCUAAGCAGUUACUUGAUCCUAAUGCAUUCAGUGCUUGGAUGAUGCUUUUCUUAAAUGUUUUGGAGAGGUCUGUACCACUGGAAGGCCAACCUAUGGAUCCUGAGCUCAGGAAGUCAUGGGGGUGGUGGAAGGUGAAAAAAUGGAUUGUUCAUAUUUUGAAUAGGCUAUAUACUAGGUUUGGAGAUUUAAAACUUAGGAAUCCAGAAAACAGGGCUUUUGCCCAAAUGUUUCAAAAGAACUACGCAGGAAAGAUUUUGGAAUGCCACUUGAACUUAUUGGGAGUUAUUCGUGUUGGUGGCUAUCUCCCUGACAGAGUUACCAACCUUAUUCUUCAGUACCUAAGCAACAGCAUAUCGAAAAAUAGCAUGUAUACUUUAUUGCAACCGCAGCUUGACGUUCUUCUUUUCGAGAUUGUCUUCCCACUCAUGUGCUUCAAUGACAACGACCAGAAGCUUUGGGAGGAAGAUCCACAUGAGUAUGUUAGGAAGGGCUAUGAUAUCAUUGAAGAUUUAUAUAGUCCAAGGACUGCUUCCAUGGACUUCAUCAAUGAGUUAGUCAGAAAACGUGGAAAAGAAAAUCUUCAAAAGUUUAUUCAAUUCAUUGUUGAAAUUUUCAAGAGAUAUAAUGAAGCACCUCUAGAAUAUAAACCCUACCGACAGAAGGAUGGUGCUCUACUUGCUGUUGGAGCACUUUGCGAUAAACUGAAACAAGCCGAGCCCUAUAAAUCUGAACUGGAACAUAUGUUGACGCAACAUGUUUUCCCAGAGUUCCGCAGUCCUGUUGGUCAUCUGAGAGCCAAGGCGGCAUGGGUAGCAGGACAAUAUGCCAAUGUAAACUUCUCUGACAAGAAUAAUUUCCUCCAAGCACUGCAUUGUGUUAUUUCUGGGUUGCGUGAUCCAGAACUUCCAGUACGCGUUGAUUCAGUUUUUGCAUUGAGAUCAUUUGUUGAAGCUUGCAAAGAUUUAAAUGAUAUUCGGGCUAUUCUUCCUCAACUACUUGACGAUAUUUUUAAACUUAUGAAUGAGAUUGAGAACGAGGACCUUGUUUUUACCCUGGAGACUAUAAUUGACAAGUUCGGGGAGGAGAUGGCACCUUAUGCUCUUGGAUUAUGUCAGAAUUUGGCAGCUGCAUUCUGGAGGUGUAUGAACACUGCAGAAGUUGAUGAUGAAGCUGAUGAUCCUGGUGCUCUGGCUGCAGUUGGUUGUUUGCGUGCCGUAAGUACAAUACUUGAAUCAGUUAGCGGGCUUCCUCACCUGUUUGUUCAGGUUGAGCCGACUUUGCUUCCGAUCAUGCAAAGAAUGUUGACAACUGAUGGACAAGAGGUUUUUGAAGAAGUCUUGGAGAUUGUUUCAUAUAUGACCUUCUUUACUCCGACUAUUUCGUUGGAUAUGUGGAGCCUUUGGCCUUUGAUGAUCGAAGCAUUAGCUGAUUGGGCAAUAGACUUCUUUCCAAACAUUUUGGUUCCUUUGGACAACUAUGUAUCCAGGGGUACGGCACACUUUCUUGCUUGCAAGGAACCGGACUACCAGCACAGUCUUUGGAAUAUGAUUUCAUCUAUUAUGGCAGAUAAAAAUUUAGAGGACAAUGAUAUUGAGCCAGCCCCCAAGCUGAUUGAAGUUGUGUUUCAGAACUGUAGAGGGCAGGUGGAUCACUGGGUUGAGCCAUAUUUAAGAAUCACACUCGAUCGAUUGAAUCAAACAGAGAAAUCACGGUUGAAAUGUCUUUUUAUAAAAGUGAUUGCCAAUGCAGUAUAUUACAAUGCAGCUUUGACACUCGGCAUAUUGAAUAAGUUCGCUUUUAUGACGGAAGUGUUCAACCUUUGGUUCCAGUUGUUGCAACAAGUUAGAAAGAGUGGCGUGCGGGCUAAUUUUAAGCGGGAACAAGAUAAGAAAGUCUGCUGCUUGGGUCUCACGACACUUCUUGCACUCCCUGGUGAACAGAUAUCCGGGGAGGCUCUUGGGCGUGUUUUCAGGGCCGCCCUUGACCUCCUAGUUGCAUAUAAGGAUCAAGUUGCAGAAGCUGCAAAGGAGGAAGAGGUUGAAGAUGACGAUGACAUGGAUGGUUUCCAGACUGAUGAUGAUGAGGAUGCUUCUGAUAAGGAAAUGGGAGUCGAUACAGAGGAUGAAGAUGAAGCUGAUAGCCUCAGGCUUCAAAAAUUAGCAGCCCAGGCUAAAGCUUUCCGUGGAAAUGACGACGACGAUGACGAAUACGACUCUGACGAUGACUCUAGUGAUGAUGAAGAGAUGCAGUCACCGAUCGACGAUGUUGACCCUUUUAUUUUCUUUGUAGAUACUGUCAAGGCUUUGCAAGCAUCAGAUCCUAUGAAGUUUCAGGGCCUCAUGCAGACUCUGGAUCCCCAUUAUCAAGCUCUUGCAAAUGGUGUUGCUCAGCAUGCUGAACAGAGAAGUGAGAUCGAAAAGGAGAAAAUGGAGAAGGCUUAUGCUGCAGCUGCUGCUCCAUCAUGAGUUCGGUUCUGGAUUGAAUUUUUGGUUUUUUUUUGCUUCAAGUACAUUGAUAAUUUAUGUUCAUUUAGAAAUGGUUGUAUGAAACCAUGAUUAGUUUUCCAGUCCAUUCAAGUCAUUCAUCUGUCCAUUCAGUCCUGAAGUUAUCAGGUUCAUAUGCUUGGAAUUUUGUGUACAAAAAGUACUCGUCUUCCACAGAACUCGGGUUUAGGGAACUCCGAGUUUGCCACUUCAUCAGGUUGUGAUUUUGGUUAGUCUGGUGAGUUGGGCUAUUCUUUGACAGAAGAUGCCCCACUCUCCACUAGUUUGUGUUGUUUCC